UUUUGUUCAUGUGUUAAAAAGUAAUUUGUUGUUUUGUUUACUUCGUAAUUUUCAUGUUUUUUUCGUUUACACUAUAACGAAAGCAGUAAUGCCUCAACUACAAGUAUUUAUUGGUAUAUUUUUACAUUUAUUUUGUGGUCUUUGGUGUCAAAACAGUCAAUUUGAUGACUCUAUGUUAUAUGAUAUUAGCUGGGCUGGCCCACUUCGUUCAAAGCAGGCUGAAAAAGAAAACCCUGUAUUGAUAACAACUAAAGAUAACGAGCAAUAUUCUUGUUCGUUACCAAAAUUAAGAGAGGAUUUGAUGGAUGAAUACAGCCCUGGUCCUGGCCCAAGCCCAGAGGAAAUGUUAAAACCAUUGACUGGAAAUACAAGGUGCUCAUACAGACUGGAUACAUAUUGGACAUACGAACUUUGUCAUGGCUCUCAUGUUAGACAAUUUCAUGAUGAGAAACCAAUGAAGAGCCAAGUUGUGCAGGAAUAUAUGCUUGGAAAAGUUGCAACAGUGGAGAAAAAAGAUGGUGAAAAGUUGAAAGAAGAAGCUACUGAAUCUAAAAAAACAAAUGUUGAAAAAAAAGAGGAUGAACCACAAGGACAGGUUUUGCCUCCUAAACGUAAUUUGAAUGGUCGUGAAGUGCCUUAUUAUGAGGUCACCAUGGAUAAUGGUACUCCUUGUGAACUCUUACAAGGAAAGCCACGAAAGAGUCGUAUUUUGUACAUGUGCAAACCAGAUUCGAACAAUGAGAUCAUAAGUGUGAAGGAAGUUCAAAGUUGUGAAUAUCAGUUGGAAGUACUUACCCCGUUUUUGUGUGCAAGUGAUAUGUACAACGUUAAAGAAGAUCAAAUUCAUCCAAUCCGUUGUCAUUCUUUAAAUGGUUCCCCAAGAGAACCACAGAGUUACAUUUAUCAUGUUGAAGAAUCUGAAGCAGAUAGACUUGGUUUCAGAGAGUAUCAGUACAUGCCUGUUCAGGAUGAAGGUUCAACAGAUGCAUCAAAAUCAUCCGAACAUCGUAAAAUCCCACCACAACCAGAUCAGCAACUAACACAGGACUUUCUCAAUGGCGUUUACUGUUUACGAGGGGGUUCAGGAUGGUGGCAUUAUGAAUAUUGUCAUGGCGUACAUGUCUUACAGUACCAUACCGACCAACAAGGAAAAACUAUAAUUUAUCUUGGACAUUGGAACAUAGAUGUACAUAGAGAUUGGGUGAAGAAAAACCCUCAAAAGUCUAUGGAAUAUGUUACUCAUUAUUAUGGAAAUGGUGAAAUAUGUGAUAUCACUGGAAUGGCAAGAACUGUUCAAGUCAGAUUAAAGUGUAUGAAAUCUAACCACUUGCAAGAAGUCUCAAUCUAUUUAUUGGAACCAAAAAAAUGCCAGUACAUUCUUGGGGUCGACUCUCCUAUUCUGUGCCCUCUUAUUGAGAAGGCUGAUGAAGAUGGAAUAUUUCCAACAAAACUUUAGAAGCCCUAGUAAAUUUUGAGAUAUUUUUUAUGCUCCAUUGGUGGAUGCAUUUACAAGGAUAACUUGCAUGCCUUGUUGCUAGAUUAUUAAAUAUUCUAUGCUUUCAUAGACUGUAAUUAGAACCAGGCAUGUGUAAGAAUCUUUGUAUCAUCUUCCUGGGGAAGGUGAACCCAUGGGCGUGACCCACAGACCAGCUUGGUGAGCCAUUACCCUACUUUUCAGAGAUGUGAAUGAAAUAAGAUACAUUGCUUGAAAGUAGACGUCAUAAAAUAAAAUAUGUUGAAAGUUGACGUCAAUGCGGAGGUAGCCUCGUUUUAAACCCUUUUUAAUGUACAUGAAACUUUGGGAAGGACGUGCAGUUAGAGUGGGUGGAAACACUAUUUUGAAAUGUUACUAAAUAUUACACGUGUAUUAUAGAAUAC